GGACGGCUUCGCUGCUGGCUGUUGCGGUCCGUGCGUGGCGCGCGAGUGCUGUGUGUUUCGCGUGGUGCGUGUGCUCGUGUGUUGGCUGCGACCUGGCUUUGACUGUGCGACUGGCGACCGGGAUUACCAGCGGAGGGAUGUUCGUCGUCACCCGCAGCCUGUCGGAAUGAGAGGCGAGGCGCCAUGGGCAACUCCAGCUCCCAGGCGCAGCGGCCGGCGCGCGGCCUGCACAAGGUGCUGCCCGAGAGGGCGCCGGGCCAGCGGCUGCGCUUCACCGACAACGGCGCCAUCUUGCACGGCGGCGGCACGCUCAGCGGCCGGCCGCACCACCUGCAGGGCGACGCCGACGACUUCCGGGCGCGCAGCUCGUCCACGCUGCAGCACCGGCCCCCGGCGCGCGACGGCCCAGAGCGACUGGGCGCCGGCGGCAAGCGGUUCGGCAGCGAGCCCGACCUCCGCUUCCUGCCCGGCGCGCGCGAGCACGACAGCCCCGCCAAGCAGCGCAUCGCCAGGAACCAGCUGAGGGACAAGAAUGCUGCCAAGGUGCUCACCAAGAACCUGGCCCGCAAGAAGUACAAGGCGCCGGCGCCGCCGCCAGAGGGCGACUCGCCGGGCCGCGAGUCCUCGUCGCCGGACUCAUGCCAGUGGGACGGCGGCAAGGACCAGCCGGCGCGCCGCAUGCGGCUGUUCAAGACGCGCGCCGAGACGAGGCGCAGCCUCCUGGUCCAGGCGCCGCGGCCCGAGAGCUACAAGCCCGCUCUGCCGGCGCCCGCGCCGCGCCGCCUGUCCUCCCCGGAGUUCCAGGAGGAGCUGCUGCAGGCGGCCAGGAGACUGCGCCCCACGCGCCGACCAGAGCCCCCCGCGUCCCGGGAGGAAGGCUCAGGCCAGGAGUCCACCCCGGAGCCUGCGCCGGCCAAGCACUGGGAGAUCCUGCCGCCGCUGUCUCGUCGCGCGCGGGAGAAGGACAGCCCGGUGAAGACGUUCUACUUCGGCAUGGAGCAGCGGGAGCAGCGGGAGCAGCGGGUGGCGAGGGCGGCCAGGCAGGCGAGGCCGGCGUCCAGCGACAGCGACGCAGCGGAGGACGAGGACGGCGGCGGCAUCGCGCUGCAGCUGCGCCCCACGCUGCCCAAGAAGCAGCUGGAGAUCCCCCGCUUCUCGCCCACGGCCGCCUGGCGCCUGCUGUCGGCGCAGACGGCCGCCCCCGCCGCCCCCGCCGCGCGGCCCCCGCGCGUGGAGCGCGAGCGGCCCAUCCUGCCGCCCCCGCACAGCAGCCUCGACAAGUCCGGCGACUCGGGCAUCUCCGGGGACGCCAGCCCCCUGGCGCAGGACACGUGGACCCCGCAGCAGGACCUGGAGGAGUCCAGCUCCGACGGCGGGGAGCCUCCCGGCCGCGCGCACCCCUUCUCCCCGCGCGCCGUCUUCUCGCUGUCGCUGCCGCGCGACGACCGGCUGUGCAACGCGCUGUUCGCGGGCUCCGGGGACGAGUCGCCGCAGGCGCCGACGCGCGAGGUGCCGCCCUCCUACAGCAGCCUGCAGAAGCUGCGGCGCUCCGUGUCAGGGUUCGGCAGGAAGGAGGGCGAGCGGGGAGCCGCCCUGGACGAGAACUGGGUGCUGAGCCGCAGUGUGCCCAACUCGCUCAACACCACGCACAAGCUGGCACCCUGGGACAAGGACCCCAGCACCAGCAGCCCCUCCACGCCCGACCGACCCUCCUUCUCGUACCUGGCGUCGGGCGGCCACGUGAUGUACCUGCCCCAGCUGGAGUCCCGGCGGGACGCGCCCGCGCACCGCGAGCGCUCCUACAGCGCCAGCGCGCUGCUGCCCCGCCCCCACCACGACGAGAUGAGGCAGCUGGGGCGCUCGCCGUCCCCGCCGCCGCCCGCCGGGCCGCCGCCGCCGCCCCCGGCCGACGACGACGAGCGCCGCGCCAAGGGGCGGCGCUUCACGUUCCAGAGCACGGUGCGGCAGAUCGAGCGGCGCCGGCUGGCGGAGCGCCUGUCCCGCGAGGCGGAGCAGAAGGAGCGGCGGCGCCUGGGCGAGCUGGAGGCCAUGCGGCGCGUGGAGGAGGAGUUCCAGCGCAAGAGGGCGCGCGAGAAGGCCAGCAUCCGGCAGCAGCUGUGGCUGUUCAGCCAGCACUCGAGCCUGCCGGCCGGCUGGGGCGACGCGCGCGCCGAGCCCGACGGGGCGCCCUCUCCCUCGCCCUCGCCCCAGGGCCCCGGCCCGUCCACCCAGGUGCUGUCCGAGUUCCGCGAGACGCGGCGCGAGUACCGCGACUACCGCCAGCCGCGGUACGUGGACUCAGGGCCAGAGUCCCUGCUGCAGAUUGACAGCCGGCGAGCCACCGUGCACCCUAAAGCAGUCUACGACAUGCCCAAGAGCACACAGGUGUACAUUACGCAGCAUGCAGGAGACGGGCCGGCCAGGGCCUCCACCCCCCGCUCCUCCACCUCGGACAACUACCGACGGGACUUUGCGUGCGGGGCGCGGCCCACGGGACGCUCCGCCGCCAGCUCCGACUCGGAGAUGUCCGGCCACUCGCAGCCCCCCCGCCAGCACCAGCGAGCCAGGCCUGCCAGUCCCGCAUUGUCGCUGGGAUGCCAUAAACCACAGUCCAAUUUCGAGAACACUUCCGAGUUUAACGUGGACCCCAUAGUGCCCGUGAAGGCUCCCAGGGCGAGGAUAGCUUCCCUCCAGCCGUUUGCUCGCGCCCAGAAGAGCUACCGCCCCAUCGCCUUCAACCCCUCCGGGUCUCCCCCCAACAAAGUUGCUCAACCAGUUAGUUAAGGCAUCAUAGUGUAGAGGCUAGCCGUAAAAUGUGUGUGUUAUCUUAAGGCCUUACUGCCUGACAACUUUCUUACAGUCUUCACAUAAUAUAGUGUCACCGGUCAUUCUAGAUGCUACGAUGUUGUCAACACCUGCUGUCGCAAGUUGUUGCUUAGGUGUGAACGACACCUAGAUAUUUAAAAAGCAGCAUGCCUACAAGAAUGGUUCUGGAGAAACACAUCUGGAAAUGACAAGAGCUUAAUUAAAAGACACCAAAUUUUUUUUUUUUUAUACUUUGUGAGGUGAAAGCAGUGACAACCUGGCAACCUCUAAAUCAAAAAAUGAUAAUGUUGUGAAUUAUGUUAUGCAAUUAUACUAACAAAGAAAAUGUUAUCAACAGGAAUGUUACAAUUGGGCUUGUCUGUAAGAUAUUUGUAGGUUUCAUCCCCCCCCCCCCCCCCAACCCAUCAGAAAAGGACAACAAUGCAGUUAUGAAUAUGUACUUUUUUUUUUUUUUUUUUAAUUUUUCCCUCAAAUUUACAAUACCAGGAAUACCAGAGCGUACACAGAAUUUAUUUUCAGGGGAAGAUUUAACUACUUUGCCCACUGUUUGCUUUCAAAUUCUUUCCCUUUUGUUGGUGGGAAUAUGUCACCCCCAUUAACCCCCCCCCCCCUUUUUUUUUUUCUUUUACAUAUGCACCUGCAGGAAUGUGUUAUAUGUAUUUCUUGACAUCAUGGUGCUAACAAAACUGAGAAGAAAAGGCAAAAGCCUUAAUUCACAGAAGAACACAAUUUUUUUCUUAGAUUUUAUGCAUUAGCUUUGAAUUUUGAAAGGGAUUUAAUAUUUUCAUUCAGUUGACUUUCAUACAAAGAAUAGGGACAAGAUUGUAUGGUGUUAUUUUUAGGUUGGAUUUUGUUUUUUUAAAAAAGGAGAUUUCUGUGUUACGUUUUGGUUUUAUUUUUAUACAUUGUAUUUAUUCAUGAAGAUUGAUAGUGUAUUAUUUAAUAAAUAUGAUAAUUAAUAAUGCACUUUCACAGUAAAAUAAUUUGCAAUAAACAUAUCUGAAACAAAACUGCUUAGAAAAAUUAAAAUUAAUAGGCAACUAUUUAUGUAUUUGAAAAAGUGCCAAUGACAUUAAUGUAAAAAUUGUUACUAAUAAGAGAUGUUAGACCAAACAAAAUGUAAUUGAUUUUUGCAUUUAAUUUGGUUCUUUUUUUUCUACUAAAUAAAUUAUAUUAAUUGAAUUUACUAUGGUAAAAUAAUACAUUUUUGUAAUUUAAGUUAAGUUUUGUCAAAUUGCUGGUUGAUUUAAUGAUUGUAGUUGUAUUUCGGUGCUAAGUGGUUUACUAACUUGCAUUUCGGUGUUACAUGACGUAUUGACAUGUUUAUCUUUAUCGGUGUUAUUUCAGUUUUACAGCAAUUCACCUUAUAAUCUUGUCCCUAAUAACAAGCAAUUUUGAAUGGAGCAGUGAGAUAUUGGGAUGAAGGAAGAAUGAAAUGUCUGUUUCCCUACCUCUCUCUCUCUCUCUCUCUCCCCCCCCCCCCCCACCCCAGAUCAAAGCAGGAGCAUCGACCUCACGAGGGGCCUCAUGGUCGAGCGGGCAUAUCACUCGCCUCCCACCACAGCGAUCAGAGUUUGAUUCUCGGUGGGGUAGGGAACAUGAGUGGACGUUGCCGUACAACAGAAUGUUUUGUAUUCUGUGAUAACUCCCGUUCCCCCACUAUCACAUUUCAUCAAUGCUCCAUUAUCACCUCAUAACCCCUCAUUGCCCCAAAGACCUUUUAGUUUUGAUGCUGUAAUUCAUUCAAACUCACUGUUUCAUAGUCCCUGUUCUUUAUAAAACCGAUGGCCACCCACUUGUGCCUUGAUGGAAACUGAAACCUUCCAGCACUUGCACUCAAACCCUACUAACUUACUUUAAUUUUUAUACUCAUGAACAUUCCAUUUGUGGUUGUACACAAAUGAGUCAAAGCAUUGAAAUAAUUAAUGUGCCAAAUAUGUAACCGAACUGUCAAUAGCAAUGUGUCAAGUCUGGUAUUGAGAUUUACAGUAUGUAGUUUUUUUUUUGUUUCUGGUAAAAAUGUACUGAUUUUUUUUAUUUAUGCAAUAAAAUAUAUUUUGUUGCUUUUUAAAUUUACAUAAAUGAUAGUUAAACAAGCAUUCUUUUAGUUCGGCAUUAUCGUGUGUUGAAUGUAAAAUUGGUUUUAUUAAGCUGGAGUCACAAUGCCAUGACGAACACGACAAGACUCUCCCAAUGAUUUCUGAAUGGCUGUCGACAAAUUAUUUCAAGCCAAGUACUUCCAUAAAAUGCAGUAUAGAAUGUGCUAAAAACAGUGUACAAGAAAAAUAAGAACAUGCUACCUCAACCCAUGCUUUUUCUUAUUUGGCUGAUUUCUGUAGUUCUUAAAAUCAAUGUCAUUGAAUACAAUGAGCCUCUCCUUUAAUAAUUACAAGUUAUUUGCGAACUCGUCCAUUCUUAAAUAAAAUCUUCACCAAUUUACAAAAAUGACAUUGAUCAUAAACACGAUGAUAUUCGUAUAAACAGAUGAAGACAAGCUGCAAAUAUUAAAGUGUACCCAUAGGUAAAACGAAAUUUCAUUUUUCAGCAUAAAGAUUUACCAAAUAGGUAAAUAUUUUUUUAAGUUUAGUUCUGUAAGUUUUCCUUUCCAUUAUGCUUAGCCGAGCAGCACGACAUGACAAAAUUAGAAAUAGGAUCUAUCCUUGCGGGCUUUUGGGACGCGUAUUUUGUUGGGGUGACGUCACGGCUACCUUGUAUUUCAUUGGCUACCGAGUUUGUCUGGCCUGUCGUGGCAUUGUGACUUCAGCUUUAGGCUGACCUACAUGGCUAUAAUUAGUUCAUUGUGGUAAACUUUUGCAAGCACAAAGACAUUUUUUACAUAAGCAUGAAACUUAUUUCUUUAAAAGUUAACAGAUGUAUAUGACUUAAAGCUAUAUUUACAGGUCUAAUGCAAUAAACGCUUACAAAUGUUUUGUACUAUGUAUGUAUAUUCUUUGUAUUUGUGUACAUAUGUUUGUUUUUAUAUGAAAUUACAAAAUUUUUUACUAAUGGUGUUACAUACAUAAAAAAAGGAAAAGGGAUUGUUGUAUCAAUGUUUAAAAAAAUGUAUAAAUAAGCUGUAAUGUUAUUACCUAUAUAAGCAUUUUUUUUUUCAUUUGUUCAACCCUCUCCUUGCAAUGCAUUUUAUUUGCAUCACGUCAUUUCAUUUAAGGGAAAGCUAACAAAAGUGAUGGCAAAAUGAAUAUUUAUACUGAAGUAACAGUUGUAUGGCCAGUAUAGUGAUAAAGCAGUUACCAAACUACAACUUUAAAUUGCACAAGAGACUUCACAAGCAUUUUGAAGGUGAAGUUUAAUGCUACAUUAAAUUUGGCCAAACCAACGUAGGUAUCACACUUUAUCUGCAAAUAUUGGGUACUGAUGGACUGACCAGUGAUUCAAGGAAUACUAUACAAUAAAUGUACGAAUACAAUUUUUAUAUGAAAUUUUUUUUUGAAUUACAGAUCCAACUGUUUAAUUUUUAAAAAGUUUUGAUAUGUCUGAUUCCCUGCCUGCAUUUUCAAUCUUUAAUUCACCCCGAUGAAAAACUUUUGUAGCUACCAUAUUUUCUGGCAUAGGUAUUAGAAGAAUUUUGAGCAAGUUUGAAGAGGUCAGAGCUGCUACUUGUUUUGUAUAGAAAAUUCUUGUAUGUGACGGUACGAAAGUUGCUGUUGCACAGAGUCUGCACAUCCAGAAGUGUACUUGUGCUGCUAUUAUGUGAAAGAGGAUGAGAAAGAAAUAAUUUUAGACUAUCUGUGUUCUGUAUUUAUCACGUUUUAUUUUAUCAGGGUGUCUGCAAGUACCUGGUGAGCCAUUAUCAGGACCUUCUCAGGACAUUUUAACCCAUUCAGUAGUGCGUUGAGUUUAUCAAACUUUGAAUGUGUGGGUCAAAGCGUACAUUCUAGUCUACAUCAUGCUCUACGGCUACAAAAAAAAAUUACAAUAAAUUUAUAUAUUUUAUAAUAAUCAUAUAUUAAUAUUAUAACUGCAGCUGAAGAUUAUUGCAACAUAAAAAAAUAUAAAAAAUUAAACAGUUAAGUUAAAAUAAAAAAAUUUAAUCUUAGGAAUCGUCAAAAUGUGACUCAGUUAGUACUUACAAUUUCUUUGUAUCACAGGAUCUUUUUUAAAUCUUAAUCAACAUUAAACAUAAAAACUGUAUCUACCAUUCAUAGGAACAUGUUGAUUUUUAAGUUGGAAAACUAAAACCUAUUUUGAUUUUUAAUAAAUAUAACUCUAGAAUAAUUAUACCUUGUUUAAUCAAAAUAUCUCAGCAUUAGCGCCUCGUCUCUCUCCAUAGCUAAGGUGUGGGUAAAAAUAUGUAAUACAAUAGACCAGGGUGUCUACCAAUUACGGAAGUCACGAAAAAGGCACAAUAUUGAACUCAUGGUCACAGAUAUCGUGUUUAAGUCACCUAAGUGCCCAUAUUGAUCACUGUUUUUUUUUCCUUCGUUACAGUGUGAGAAAUAAUUUUCAAUCUACAACUGUGGGUGCUCGUCAGCAACACAGAGGCUUUUUUUUUUUAUCAUACACUACAGCUUCAUUUUAUAUUAAAAUUUUCAUUUUUUUUUUCAACUUCUCAGUGAAAACUGACCUACUUGAAUGUAAACAAAUACAGUAAUCAAAGAAUGUAAAUAUAAAAUACGUUUUGUCAUUCAAGUGUCUUAUUCGUGGCAUGAUGGGUAGUGAAGCGUUAUGUUGACAACAUAGCAUUACGAGCCUGUGCGACAUGUAAUGACGGCUGUGGGGUUAAAAUUAAUAUUUUUGUAUGCAGUAGAAGCAAAAAAAAAAAGUCAAUUAUUGCGGAAUUUACGUUUACUGCGUUACAAGUUACCGAUAAAAAGUAACAAUCUGUACCAGUAAGAUGUAGCAGUGUUUUAAAGAUGUGUGUUCACAAAACCAAUGUUUUUUCAACAUUAUUUUGUUGUGCAUAGUAUUUUCAAUGUGUGUUUACAUGUGAAAAUUUAAUUGAUCAAAAACUUAUGGUAGACGAGUUUCUUAAUGUUCACAAGUAAGACAGGCAGCAACAGCUGUCUUUUUGUACAAGGGUACCUGCGACCCUCAUUAGGCACACCACUAUUUCAUCAAACCCUGGACCCAGCAAUUAAAGUUAUGAUUCAUCUUGGCCUGCAUCUAGCCUAGUUCACAGCACACAUCUUAUAUUACUAUCCCAGGAGAGACACAAGUCAAGAACUAAAGCUCUCCACUUUUCUUGUUCGUGAUGGUGCAACCAAAGCAGAGAUAGUGUGAGCUGCUCAUUGCGUCUGCACGCAUACUUUAACCCCCUCAGGAGCAGCUGUAGUGGAACUUUUCCACUUGUGUUUCCAGACAGUACUAUAGCUUCAAAAAUAAAAUUAUAAAAGGACAAAGUAGCAUAUAGUGACACAUAUGGCAUUGGGCCUCAUUUUGCAUCAUUAUUUUCUGAUAGUGUACAGAAAAGCCCUUUUUUUGCACUGUCGAUGAAAGUCAGAAAAAUAUUUGCCAAAAACAGCAAAUGGAUAUCGUUGUUAAAUAUUGCUAUUGUGUUAGUGAAGCAAAACUUUAAUAGAAUGUUUAAUUCAACUAUCUAAUGAUGAAACAAAUGUAAAUAUGAAGUUGAUUUAUGAUCUCAAAAGUUAGAUGAAGAGUUUGCUUGAUAAUAAAAAUAUGAACCUUCAUAUAUUGGUACUUGUUCCUUGCACAUAAUUAAUGGUGCCUACAAAACUGCAUUGUAUCAACUGUUUAAGAAUUAUUCAUAUCUGCGUGCUGUUUAUUCUCAGAUUACUGGUUCUAGAGUUUUUUUCCAAAACAGGUGUUGUGCUGUGCAGUGGACUGAAAACUCACCAGUAAUCAAAAGAUGCCUAGAAUGAUUCCAUUUCUGAAAAAAUACCUUGCAGACAAAGAACUUGAGAAAAACCCUCCUUACACCCAGAACCUUGGCACUGUGAAAAAGGCAGAGUUGGAAGAUUCAGUUCUGGAAGCCAAACUGCAUUUUUCUGCUAUGAUUGCUGUCGAGUGUAAGAAUUCCUGACAAACUUCCAGAGAAAUGAUCCUCUUCUUCCUUUCAUUCACCAAGAGUUGUUUCUUUUGAUGAAAAACAUAGGAAGAAGGGUUUUCAAGCAAAAUGUAAUGGACAUUAUUUCAAAUGCUUCUCAGUUGAAGUGUCUGGAUAUCAAGAAUGAGAAUAUCUUACAAAAUAAUGUUUCCAUAAGACAUUCAUUGGUUUUGGUGCCACUUCAGUCUCAAAAAGGUGAAGGAGCUUGACUCCCUUAAAUUUAAGGCUGACAAGAAAAUGUGUUAUCGUUAUUUGACAAUCCUGAUAAAAAGAGUCCUCUGCGAAAAAAAAUUCUGUUGGGCUCAACUUGCUUGCCUUCUUUAGUACUGGUAGAGACUCAGUUAGGGCUCUUAGAGCUAUGAUUGCCAUUCAAGAACUUAAAUAACAAAAUCAGUUGGCACCUGCUGAUGGAGAGAUUAUUCUUAGAGAGUUCACAAAGAUUUGUGUUUCUAUCACUACUUUUAGGAAAUAGCCAUAACGAAAAUUUUAGGAUACAGUCACUAUGAAAAUAAAUAUAUGAACUUAAUAAAAAUAAUGAACUUAAAAUUAGUAAUGUGGUGCUUCAGGAGUACAAAUCUGUAGGAUUUGCAU